GUAUCCUAAAUCAACGCAGUCUUAGAUCGAUAGAAGUUCUUGAGGAGUGAGAUAUAUUUAUAUAGAAAGAGAGCAGAUUUAACAAUGGUUGGUCCACUCUACGACCUUAUAGCUAAUCCUCUAGGCGCCAUACGUUUGACCUUCGAGAAGGCUGUGGCUGCUGGCUCCGAUCCAGGGACCUUCACCGGAAAAGACUGGGGUGUUUGCGAUCUUUUCCGGGAGUUUCUUUUUGAAGAUGGAAAUAUCUCUCAGGUUCCAGUAUUAAAUUCAACAAAUAUUCAGUGGAUCAAACCCAACACUUUAGUUAAAUUUCGAGGAAUGGUACAAGAUAUGUUGGGUAAUGAGUUCUAUAUCGGUAUACAGAAGGAUGAAGGGGGAUGGAGAACAAAUAAAUUUACUGAUAGUACCCAGUUUCCAGUAUCAUCAUCGGAGACCCCGCCAUGGGAGCGCCAUCUGUUAUACUGUAUUCCUGUUCCUGGGCUAAAUCCCUGGGCAGAAGUUUGUUCUAAUUCGCAUAAGCAAUGCACAAACUUGACAUCUCCACAAAGGGAGAAACGUCAGAGGGAAGACAAUGCAGAUUUUGAAGCCAUGGAUGUACAAGUUUUGGAACUCAAUGAUGAUGAUUUUCCAACCACAAAAAAAAUGCGAGAAGAUGGACCCCUUUCUUCACAUCCUGAAGGAUCGUCGCCUAGUUCAAAGAUAGAUUCAGAAAGGAAUUCACUUCCUUGUUUGGUGAAGGUAUAUGACUCGGCAGAAUGUGACUUGAAACUGAAUGAUGUUUUUGAGUUUGUUGGUGUCCUCACAUUUGAUUCAGAACCACCUGUGGAAGAGGGUAAUAAUGAUGAGUUGAUGGGUAUAUUCUGCGAUGAUGCAUCGGGUCAUUUGCCUCCUAGCAAGGUGCCGCGGCUCCAUUGUCUUGCACAUAGGAAGUUAGCAGUUCAAGACUUUCUAACUUUUUCUGUUGCAGAAGAGCCAAAACCUCAAUUAGUAAAAGAGAUCAGAGCGGCACUUCUAGAUCAUCUUACUGCUAUUCUUGGAAAUGAUGGUGUGGCUGCUCAUUUCAUGUUGUUGCACCUACUAUCCAUGGUUCAUUCGAGGGUAGACUCACUUGCGGUAGGCAAGUUUUCAUUGAAUCUGACCUCUUUUAGCAAGGAAAGUGCCAGUGUUUUCUGCAAUCACCUGAACUUCACGUUGAGGAAUCUUUUACCUUACACCCAAUCUAUGUCUCUUACUGUGGACUAUCUCAACACGGUCUCACUUACUCCAAAGAAGGAUUAUGAGAUAAACCGAUUGAGGGUGGGAGAUUUGCAACUAGCUGAAGGAACCCACAUGACAAUUGAUGAAACUAAGUUAGAACCAGGCAUGCUUAAUCCUUCAGGUGUUGAUAAUGCAAGACUGCUAAAGAAUCUCAUGGAGUUCCAAAAUGUGGAGUACGACUUUGAGUUUUACAAAAUGGAGAUGAAGGCAGAUGUGCAAUUGUUAAUUAUCUCGGAAGGGAAAUCAAACAUUUUGCCAGCUGAUACAGUUCUUCCUUUUCGUCCAACUUGUUUGAGUUCCUAUAAGAAUAUUGAUGGAGAAAAUAUUAACUUGUGGAGAUGGUACUUGACUAGUCUAAGAUCUUUGCCAUACUCUAUUGAUUCAGCAAUGCAAAAGACUUUGGAAGAUGAAUUGGUUGCCGCUAGGCAAGCGGACAGGACAAUUGGCAGCCUGGAAUUUAGCAGAUGGUUGACAAUGGGUAGGUUAAUGUCGAUUAGUUAUGGAGAAACUAGUCUCUCACAUGAACACUGGCAAAUGGUGAAGGAACUGGAGAGUCUGAGGAGAGAGAGGCUAUAAUGAUGUGUAUAAGAUAUUGAAGAAGAUUUAUUUACAAUGGGGGAAAUCAGUGGUGAACUGAUAGUAUUUUCUUCUAAUUAUGUAUGCUAGACAAUAUUAGUUCCUCCUAAGCAAUAGUUUCAAAUCAUCUGUAU